AUGUUUGAUUGGCCCAACAUCACAGUGCCCAGCUCUUCAGAGCAGGGCCUGAAACCAGGAGACGGGGAUCUGCAGAGGUCUACAUGUGUCCUGGGCUUCUUCCCUGUCAUCUAUUAUAGCUCCCUCCUCUGUGUGGGAGUACCAGUAAACAUACUGACUGCAGUGGCUCUAUCCCGGCUGGCAGCACGUACUAAGAAGGCUAUGCAUGUGUACCUGCUGGCUCUGACAGGCUCUGACAUCCUCUCCCAGCUCUUCAUUAUCUUCGUGGGCUUUCUGCUAGAAACAGCUGUGUUCCACCGUGAAGUCCCCACCCUUCUCCUGCGCUCGGUUAGCAUGGCAGAGUUUGCUGCCAACCACGCCUCUAUCUGGGCCACCGUACCCCUAACCGUGGACCGCUACGUGGCACUGUGCCAUCCGCUCCUCCACCGCCAGAUCAGCUACCCGGCACGAGCGUGGCGGAUUAUCACCGUCGUCUUUUCCCUGGCGCUGUUGUCAGGCAUACCAUUCUUCUGGUGGUCUGACAUGUGGCGUGUUGCCCGCCCGCCCACCUCCCUGGACUCUGCCCUCAUAUGGACACACGUGAUGAUAAUCUACUUCCUGCCGUGUAGCAUCUUCCUGGUUCUGAACUUGCUGAUCAUUCACCGGCUGCAGGCGCGGCAGAGACAGGUCCCGUGCCAGGAGGAGCAUGGUGGUAGCGGGGCCCGGUUGUCUCCACAGCGGCGCCUGGGUAAGAGCACCGCCAUGCUGCUUGCUAUUACCUCCGCGUUCGCCAUCCUUUGGGCCCCCAGGACUAUAGUGGUCAUCUAUCAUCUCUACGUGUCCUCGGUCCACAAGGACUGGCGGGUCCACCUUGCCUAUGACCUGUCUAACAUGCUGGCCAUGCUCAACACUGCAGUCAACUUCUUCCUCUACUGUUUCGUCAGUAAGCCAUUCAGAGCCUCCGUGAGGGAUGUUCUGUUGCUCAGGGGGGGUCCGUUGUACCACCAAAGGAUAAUCCACAACCAGCAGGCCCAAGACAAAGCCUCUACGUCCUUGCUGUCUAGCGGGACAAACACUCACACCGAGACUACCAACCGCACCCCCCUAACACCCUGCAGGGCUAACGAGACCAUGUGA